AUGAACUAUAACAAUAGCAGCAACUCCAAUACCAAGCGUUAAAAUAAGAAGAAUAAAGCCUUGAAGAAAUACAAUAUCUUGGGUUAGGAUGACAAACAACAUAUAUUAGAGAGCUUACAAAAAGACUCAUCCCUUGAGAUGUAUUAAAUCUUGAGUGAGAAAUACAACACCUCAAUUAAAAACCUAAGAAGAUGGUAUCAAGAUGGAAUCGCUCGCAAACCAGGAUGUGGAAGAAAGAAACUCAACACUAAGGCAGAGGAGGAACUCAGAUAAUGGAUCAUUAAAGAGAGUGUGGAAUUGAGAAGAAGAGUUAGGAGAUCUUAGUUAAAACAGAAAGCUAUAGAAUUAUUUAGCAUUCCAAACUUUAAGGCUAGUAAGGCUUGGUAGGAUGAAUUUAUCAGAAAUUUUGAUAUCAAAUAUUAGAAAGUAAAGUUUGAAGAGCAAAGAAGGAAGAGGCAACAAUAAGUUUAAUCUGUUGAUUAGAAGUCAGAAAAGUAGGAAUAGCUUUAACAAAUCUUUUCAUAACAAGCUACUGAAAUCCCACAAUCAAAAUUAGAAGUAUUAAAUAUACAACCAAAAGUUUCAGAUUUCAAAUUGGAAGAUUGGUCUUUUGAAAAAUAAGAAGAAAAUAAAGACUAUUUAUCAGAAAAUUCUUUAAUGAUGAAAAGUCAAAUUAGUAUUUUAUGA